UUUGAGAGUCAUAUACUAUCGAUGACGUCAUCAAAUGGGAGUUGACAUCAGGCACAACAAGGACCGUAAGGUUCACAGGAAAGAACCUAAGAGCCAGGAUAUCUACCUGAGGCUCCUGGUUAAGUUGUACAGGUUCCUGGCCCGUCGCUCUAAUGCUCCAUUCAACAAGGUGGUCCUGAGGAGGCUCUUCAUGAGCAGGACCAACAGGCCCCCCAUCUCUGUCUCUCGUCUGAUUCGUAAGAUGAAGUCACCUGGCCGAGAGAACAGAACUGCUGUUGUUGUGGGAACUGUCACUGACGAUGUCAGAAUUCAGGAUAUCCCCAAGCUCAAGAUCUGUGCUCUGAAGGUCACUGAUGGUGCCCGCCGCAGGAUCCUGAAAGCAGGCGGUCAGGUGAUGACCUUUGACCAGCUAGCUUUGGCUUCUCCCAAAGGACAGGGCACAGUUCUGCUGUCAGGACCCCGCAAAGGCAGACAGGUGUACAGACACUUUGGAAAGGCCCCUGGAACUCCUCACAGCCACACCAAGCCUUACAUCCGCUCCAAGGGCAGGAAGUUCGAGAGGGCUCGUGGUCGCAGAGCCAGCCGUGGCUACAAGAACUAGUCUGUCUUUGUUUUUGAUGCAAUCUGAUAAUAAAAGAUUGGCUGUACAAUUUGA